AUGCAGCAAGAACAUGAGGAGCACUCUUCUAAUCACUUUAAUGACCCUGACCAUAUCGCCGUCGCCGAUCUCCCUCAAGCUAUCACUGAGAAAGGCCCCGAGCUUGUCGAUACCCCUAUACCGUUGCUGACAUGGCGCUCAGCAGUGAUGGGUUUGUUCGUGUCGAUGGGGGGCUUCCUAUUCGGUUAUGAUACCGGCCAGAUAUCUGGGUUUCUGGAAAUGGAAGAUUUCCUGGCUCGAUUCGGCCAAUUCAACGCUUCCACAGGAAAAUACGAGUUCAGUAAUGUGCGGAGUGGACUCAUCGUCUCAUUACUAUCGAUUGGAACACUGAUAGGUGCUCUAGUUGGUGCUCCCAUCGCAGAUCGUAUUGGGAGGAAGUGGUCCAUCUCAGCUUGGUGUGUCAUAUUAUGCGUUGGAGUAACAGUGCAAAUAUCAUCACCUUCUGGCCACUGGUACCAGGUCGCUGUCGGCCGUCUGGUCGCUGGUCUUGGUGUUGGUGCUCUCUCCUUGCUAGUCCCAAUGUAUCAGGGUGAGAGUGGUCCACGGCACAUCCGAGGUGCCCUUAUCUCUACCUAUCAACUGUUUAUUACACUUGGUAUCUUUGUUGCCAACUGUAUUAACUUCGGUACUGAGUCUAAGACAAACUCAGCAUCGUGGCGUAUCCCUAUGGGAAUCACAUAUCUCUGGGCUAUUGUUCUCGGUGUUGGAAUGGCAUUCUUUCCGGAAUCUCCGCGAUACGAUUACCGACAUGGUAAACCAAAUCAGGCAAUAGUUACUCUUGCUAAAAUUUACGGUAUCCCUCAGAAUCAUCGUUCUCUCGCCCGGGAAUUCGAGGAAAUUAAGCAAAAAUAUGACGAGGAGUGCGCCCAUGGAAAGAUUACAUGGGCUUUGAUGCUACAUGCUCCACGUAUGAAGUAUCGUAUUAUGGUUGGUGUUCUUUUACAAGCUCUUCAACAACUUACUGGUGCAAAUUACUUCUUUUACUAUGGUACCACAAUUUUUCAGGGUGCUGGCAUUUCUAACUCAUUUGUAACACAAAUGAUCCUAGGUGGCAUUAACUUUGGCAGCACAUUUUUAGGCCUCUACAACAUUCAGUACUUUGGCCGUCGCCAUUUCUCACUUGACCACACUACUCCGUCUAAUACUCCCUCAGCUGGGAUUGCUAUGGUCUGCUUUGCUUCUUUUUUUAUUCUUGGAUUUGCCUCGACAUGGGGACCUAUGGUCUGGACUAUAAUUGCUGAAUUAUAUCCAUCUGAGUUUCGUGCGCGUUCAAUGGCACUUGCUACAGCAUCAAACUGGCUAUGGAAUUUCUUGCUUGCGUUCUUCACACCUUUUAUUACAAGCGCCAUUGACUUCCGAUUUGGAUAUGUAUUUGCUGGGUGUUUAUUCCUAGCAGCAGGCACAGUUUACUUUUGCGUUAUCGAGGGCAAGGACCGGACACUGGAGGAGAUUGAUACUAUGUAUAUUCGCAAGGUCAAGCCGUGGCAGAGCUCGAAGUAUGUUUUUGAGGACGAUGUCCUUGUCCGUGGUGGAGGGCCACCUCAGAAAGUCGAUCAUGAGCAUGUGGAAUAA